GGAAUGAACAAGUGGUUGGGUUUCAUGUCGCAAAGUCGUCGUCCUUUACCACCUUGCGAUAAGUUUUUGGUCAGCAGUGUUUUCCUUCGCUUCUUUUACCCGAGUGAGCCCGAAUACGUUGUACAAAUUUUGUUAUACUCUUACAAUCAAGCAUACUCGCCAUUUUUUACAGUGCCAAUUAUAUCAAGCCUGGUAAUUACAGUACAGUAUCUGGAGUACUGAUUAGCACGGUACAACGAGUAUUUUCUAAUCAUCAAAUACCGACUGUUCGUUCGUUGAGUGUAAUAGAACCGAGGAAGUAAAUCUGUGUACUAGUUAAGUUUUCUGUGGGUUUAUGUGUGUCGGUUUUUGUCUUUAUUCUAAUACGCGCGUCGCGUUGAAGUGAUUUUCAUAUUCAAAUGAAAAUGGUAAAGAUAAACUUUUUGGAGUUGGCAAAGCGAAGAUUGCCGAUAACGGUGUGGCUCCCGGUUUACACAUCUGGUGAUGCCCUCAGUGACCUUGUGGCCGGCAUCACAGUCGGUCUCACUCUGAUUCCUCAGGCAAUCGCCUACGCGGCUCUGGCAGGUCUCGGACCGCAGUUUGGACUGUACAGCGCGUUUGCCGGAAGCUUGGUUUACAUCGUUCUUGGUACGUGUAAAGAAGUAAACAUCGGACCAACAGCUCUGAUAUCGUUGCUCACCUUCACAUACGCAAAAGGAUACCCUGAACUCGCCGUUCUCCUCUGCUUUCUCUCGGGAUGCGUGACCUUGCUUCUCGGCAUUCUGCGGCUCGGCUUCCUGGUGGAGCUUGUCUCGGCGCCGGUAGUAUCCGGUUUCACGUCGGCGGCCAGUCUGAUAAUCGCCUGCAGCCAGAUCAAGGGUCUCCUGGGGGUGUCUGCCCACGGAGAGGGUUUUGUAGAGAUUUGGAAGGGACUCUACGAGUCGAUUCACACGGUGCGAAUCCCCGAUCUGAUCCUUUCCUGCUGCUGCAUCACCGUGCUGCUGGUACUCAAGCGAAUCAAAGAAUGCAAGUGUACCAAUCAACACGUUACCAAGUGCCUUUGGUUCAUUGGAACGGCGAGGAACGCUUUGGUUGUAGUUUCAUGCGCUGUGGCUGGAUACCUGUUCGAGAUAUACUCGGUUGUACCCUUCAAAUUGACGGGCCACAUACGGGCUGGUCUGCCCGCGGUUAGUCCACCACAGUUUUCCAUGGUUUCCGGAAAUCACACGGUCAGCUUCCUCGAGAUGUGCCAAACCCUGAGGACCGGGAUCAUCGUAGUCCCGCUGGUGUCGGUGAUCGGAAACGUGGCCAUCGCUAAAGCCUUCUCUCAUGGCAAGGUCUUGGAUGCGACGCAAGAACUGUUUACUUUGGGGGUUUGCAACGUCGUCGGUUCUUUCUUCAGCUCGAUACCGGUCACUGGAUCCUUUUCACGAAGUGCUGUGAACAACGCUUCAGGCGUCAGGAGUCCGUUGGGUGGAUUGUACUCAGGUGUUUUGGUUAUUCUGGCGUUAAGUCUGCUGACACCGUACUUCUAUUACAUUCCGAAAGCGACGUUGAGUUCGGUGGUGAUUUGCGCGGUGAUAUUCAUGGUCGACAUUAGUAUAAUACAACCGAUCUGGAAAUGCAGCAGAAAGGACUUGAUCCCGGCACUGGGCACGUUUCUCGCAUGCUUAUUCGUUGGUGUCGAGUUAGGAAUUCUCAUCGGAGUUGCGAUCGAUGUCGUUAUUCUAAUUUACUUCAACGCCAGACCGCACAUCGCUGUGGAGCAGAAAAAUCAGUCUGAGCCGGCUUAUGUUACCAUACAACCUAGUGGAGCUCUUUUCUUUCCGGCCAUCGACCACUUGAGAGAAAAAUUAACGAAGAACUUAUCUCAGGAUGACAAUAGCAUGAAACCCUCAAAACGACCUACUAACAUUGUCCUAGACUGCAAACACGUAGACAGGAUAGACUUCACGGCGGUUCAGGGAUUAAAUUCGGUCCUGUCAGACCUAUCGAAACAGGGUUGUCACUUGAUAAUGCUGAAUCCAAAACCGGAAGUUUUGGCCAGUAUACAAUCGAUUUCAAAGAAUCCGAUUUUAUGGGCAAAUUCGGAAAGUGAGUUAAUUUCGAUCCUCAGGCAAGUCGAAAGCACAAAUUCGCUUGGAAGUGAAACGAGAUUGGAAAUGAAUCACAUGACAAAUUCAACGACAAAAGCGAGAUCAACAGAUAUCGACACAGCUAGCACGAAUUUGUGAUAAGACUAGACACGAAAUUUUACGAAUGAGAGAAUUGCAAUUCAGUUUUAUGAAAUACAAAAAAAAAAAUAAUUUCCCCUGUGAAUAUGUGUACAGUGGACAGCUUACGUUCGAGUAACUGUAUAAUGUGAUUAUCAAUAUUUGUUUACGUGCCGUUCAAAUCUUCCAAAGCAAGCAUUUGUGUGAAAAAUGUUUAUAUACUAUACUUAAGAAAAAAAUAAAACCCAGUGUGCUGAGUACAGAGAGUAAUAUUUGAACACUAAUUAUAAGACGCGAUUUGCCAAGUUCCUGAUACGUGUGAAAUACGUAAAUAAUUUUUGUUUGUGUAAAGUUCUGCAAGCGUACUAAAUGGUAUACAUAUAUCAGUAGAUGUUUUAUUACAAAAAUGAACUUUUAUAAUGGUUAUUUUAAUCACUAGUGUUUUUUUCAUACAACGUAAUACUAAUUUGUAAACGAUAAGAAUAUUGGUGAUAAAUGUAAAUAAUGUAAU